AUGUCCCAGAUCCCCCAAGCUGCGUUGGAGAACCUCGACGACGGAUCCCGGAAGGAGAUUCUCAAGUUUCUCGAGUCCGAGAACUCAAAGUCCAAAGUGCAAAUGUCCAUCCACAACUUUACCAAUAUGUGCUUCAAAAAGUGCAACGAAAAUCGGCCAAUUGCCUCCGGUUCGCUCGACUACAGCGAAGAACAAUGCUUGACCAACUGCUUGAACCGGUAUUUGGACACCAACAUCAAAAGUAGUGCAAUCUUUGCAGGGCGCAGCCAAAUAGUGUAUAUAGGUGCUAUGUAA